UUCAUCUUCAUCUUCAUAUUCAUCUUCAUCUUCGUCUUCAUCGUUUACGAAUACGAGUAAUGUCUCCGAUGAUCAGCGCAGACGAUCUCCACCGAAUCUUCAAAAACUUGGACAAGGAAAACAAAGGCGUAGUCGGCAUUGAUGAGCUGCACGGCCUCCUCGGCCGAAUCGGGGUCCACACGACCCCCGAGGAGCUCGAGAGGUUCGUGGGGCGAACCACCCUCGACUACUUCGAGUUCCUCUUCUUCUACGAGGCCAUGGUCAAGGCCUCCAAUCCAGAACACGAACACGAGCACGAACACGAGAAAGAUCUUCGCAAGGCGUUUGAGGUCUUCGACUUGAACGGCGAUGGCUACAUUUCGUCGGAGGAGCUGCGGAGCGUGCUCUCCCGAUUAGGCCUGCUCAACGAGAAGGCUGACGAUUGUAAGUGCAUGAUCGGCGUCUACGACGAUAACUCUGACGGCGUUUUGGAUUUUCACGAGUUUAAGAAUAUGAUGUCCGUCGCGAAUUCAGGAAAUGAAACUCGUGGGGUCAGAAAUGGGGCUGAUGGGGACUUGAUCGACUGAAUUUAAUAGAAUUUUCCAAUAGUUUGUAUGGAUGGAUUUGUUUGAUUCAAUUUAUUUGGAGCAUUUGGUUUUUGAUUAGUUAAUAGUCGGAAGAAUUCUGUUAAUUUUUUGGAAGUGUAUAGAUUACUAAUUCAAUCUUAAUUGUUUAA